UCCCUUCCCGUCUUCUUUUUCCUUUCUUGUUAAAAUUUUCCACAUAAGCAUCCCUAUAUCCAGUUCUUCUGGUACUGUAGGCCUGUGUGUAUAUAUGUAAAGCUAUAUCUUUUACAAAUCCAUGGCAAAGAAGUCCUCUCACAUCCAUCUACGUCUACUUUAUACUCUUCUUGUCUACUUUUUCAUUCUUCUUGUUUACUACUUUUGUUUCUUGAACCAGAACAAGAUCGGUGUCGGCGAUUUUUUAUCUUCUCUUUAUAGUUUCCCUUCUUCCACGACUGCUAAUAAUAGUUAUGAUGAUAUUAUCAAUAAUACAGCCAUUAAAACUGAGCAUGAAGAGCUCGAGUUUUCUUCUACGCCAGCCAGUAAUACUUCUGUUGGUGUUAGUUCUUUUGUAACAGUUUUGGCUCUUUCUUCUUCACAAAAUCCACCAUCUUCACUGCAAGACAGCGAUAAUUAUACUAAUGGUGUUAGUCCUGUCUCUGCAGUUACCGAGCCAACUGAACAGCAGAAGAAGAAGAAGGAGAAGAAGAAGGGAAGUUUGGAGAGAGUAGAAAAUGGUUUGGCUAAAGUAAGAGCAUCAAUUCGUGAAGCAAUUAAGACGCAAAACUACUCGUCGUAUAAGGAGGAGACAUAUAUUCCAAGAGGAAUUCUCUACAGAAAUCCCUAUGCUUUUCACCAAAGUCACAUAGAGAUGGAGAAAAGAUUGAAGAUAUGGGUUUACAAGGAAGGGGAACAGCCACUGGUACAUGAUGGGCCAGUGAAUGAUAUCUAUGGCAUCGAAGGGCAGUUCAUUGACGAGAUGGAGAGUGGGAAGAGCCACUAUAUGGCUCGCCAUCCUGAUGAGGCACAGUUAUUUUUUCUCCCUAUUAGCGUCGCCAAAAUCAUACACUUUGUAUAUAGGCCUCUUGUCACCUAUUCUCGUGCUGAACUACAAAGGUUGGUCGAAGAUUAUAUUGGCGUUAUAGCUCAUAAAUACCCUUAUUGGAAUAGAAGCAAUGGAGCUGACCAUUUCUUAGUAUCUUGCCAUGAUUGGGCACCACAAAUUUCACUUGCCAAUCCUAAUCUCUUCAAGAAUUUCAUUAGGGUCCUUUGUAACGCCAAUACAUCAGAAAGAUUUGAACCACAAAGAGAUGUCUCUAUUCCAGAAACCAAAAUUCCUGUAGGCAAGCUUGACCCUACUGCUUAUCAAGGUAUACCUCCAAGUAAACGUAGACUACUUGCCUUCUUUGCAGGUGGUGCCCAUGGUUACAUUAGGAAGGUUUUAUUAAAGCAUUGGAAAGAAAAAGACAAUGAGGUACAAGUCUAUGAAUACCUUAAAAAUAGAAAAGAUUACUUCAAAAUAAUGGGUCAAAGCAAAUUUUGCCUAUGUCCAAGUGGGUAUGAAGUAGCAAGUCCUAGAUUGGUAGAAGCAAUUCAAUUGGGAUGUGUUCCUGUGAUAAUUUCUGAUAACUAUACAUUGCCGUUUAGUGAUGUUCUUGAUUGGAGUAAAUUUUCAAUACAUAUUCCCUCAGAGAAGAUACCUGAAAUUAAAACAAUUUUAAAAGGAGUUUCUAAUCGACAGUAUCUUCGUAUGCUACAGAGAGUGAUACAAGUUGAAAGACAUUUCGUAUUGCAUAGACCUGCUCAGCCAUAUGACAUGUUGCAUAUGGUGUUGCAUUCUAUUUGGCUAAGGAGGCUUAAUUUGAGACUUCCAUAUUGAUUUAUUAUUAUUAUUAUUAUUAUUAAACCUCAUUCAAUUUUUUUAUUUUUGCCUAUAUCACAUUCAGUAAUUGUACAUAUUUGGUUCCCUUUUGCCUCGGGAACUCUAUAAUUGGUGAUUGUGAGUUAUUGACAGAUAUAAAAUUGUUAUUUCUUUUUUA